UAGCGGACACUGCAGGCGGCGACGGCUGUGCAGCCAUGGAGAGGUACAGGGGACGCGUCGCCAUGGUGACGGGCGCCAGUGCGGGCAUCGGCGCCGCCAUCGCACAGGCCCUGCUCAGGGAAGGGCUCACCGUCGUGGGCGUGGCCCGGAGGGCGCACAGGGUUAAGGAGCUGGAACUGAAAGAUGCACCGGGCAAACUGCACGCCAUAGAAGGAGAUGUCAGUAGUGAGGAGAGCAUCAUGUCCGUCUUCAGGUGGAUUAAAAACAACCUGGGUGGCGUCGACGUUCUCAUCAACAACGCUGGCGUUUCAGCUGAAGCACCGCCGUCUUCUGGCAAGACGAAAGACUGGAAGCGCAUCCUGGACGUG